AUGGAAACAUAUUUAGAACAGAUUGAAAUGGAAUUUAAAAAUAAAUUUUCCGACCUAAAAAUUAGUCUUUAUGAUUAUGAUGAAUUUUAUGACUUUAGGGAAAUCGGAAAAAGUAGAUUUGGGAUGACGAUGUAUAAAUCCAAAUGGAGAAAAAGAAAUAUCGAAGUUACUCAUAAAAGCGUAAAAAUUGAUAUUAUCCAGAAUGAUAGCACCAAAAUUGAUACUAUUCAAGAUGAUAAGGCCAAAAUUACUAUCCAGAAUAAUAAGGCUUCUCAAGAGUUUAUUAAUGAAGUAUUAAAACUUUACGUCUAUAAUGCCAAACAUUAA